AUGUAUCCCUGGCACCACUCACUAAAGGCCUGGGCCAAGGGCGCAGGCUUUCAAAUCGACGCCUUAGGCCUCGUCACACUCCUGGGUGCAGAAGAAAUGGACCGCAGCAUAGGAAGACUGAUGCCAAGCGUGUACUUUGACUAUCUACCACUUCUCGGCGCAUUUAUUGUGGCCGGCGACCGAUUUAAAGAGCGCAAACUCGGGUAUACGCUCUAUAAUAUCUCCGCCGGGAUCGUAACCACUGAGUUAUCAGGCUGGUUCUCGCGAUGGCUUCGCGCGCAGGAAUUCCACAAGAUCCGGAGUAAAAUUACCUGGGAGGUUGUUGAUCGGCCACCACGGAGAAAAACACUUUCCGUCGGCUUGUUUCUUAUCAGCUUGCCUUUGCACGGUAUGCUUCUUGCCCUGACAGUCCUGGCGACGGAUUGGUGGGGUUUCGCGAAUGUUCUGGCUAUGGUUAUCUCGGUCUUUGUGAGAUAUGUGCAAGUGGCGGAGAAUCAAGCUGGGAUUAAUGAGAAUAUCCGGAGAGCUGAAGAAGAUGCCAAUAAGAAUUUGGCGAAAUAUGAGGCUGCUAUGAAAGUUGCGCAGCGUCGUCGGACGGAGGGUUGCGAUAAUAUCAAAAUGCCGAGUCGGCCAAGGGACCACGAUCUUGUGAAGCUUCUUGUGGUAACGGAAGAUUCCAAGGUCUUGACUCUUCUUGCGCCUGCAUUUCUUGUCAAACCUGCAUUCACAGCCGCCCCUCAUAUACCCAAUCCGAGGUUUUACAUGCUUUGUCGGGUUAUCGGCUGGAUUGCAUUCGCCGUCCAUGUUGUCAGUAUCGGUAUGGCUGCGUUGUACACGCAGAUUUGCACGAUUGUGUUGAUCCUCUCGGCAACCGUUCUCACGGCUUAUAAAGUUGGUAGCGAGGAUUCGCAGCUAGCAAGCGAUCUUCGGCGCAAGUGGCACCACUCUGAUAGCGAAGAGAAGGAUUGGAGUUGCUGGGUUACUUCGAGAUUGAAAGCCACAGUUUCCUCUUAUCCGGCGGAGUACACUCAAUGGGAGCCCGUGCAAAAGGAAGAAGAAUUCUUGGGGCCGAAGGAAGUCAAAACGACUGUCUCCUCGUGGCCGUGGAGUCAACGGACAGCGACCGACUUGGAGCAUUCCGCGCCCAAAAGAAAGACGCAUCCUGUGCAAGAACGCCGGCAGGAUUUAUUUGCUUGGUUGUGUUUGACGCCCGAAGAAGAUGAGCGCAUGGUUGCAUGGCAUAUGAUCCCCCACAGUCAGGAAUGGAAGGAUGUUUAUUUAGAAAAGAAGGAGAUUCAUCGUCAGAGAACAGGAGGUUCUCAGACGCCAAGCUCCAAAUGA